UUGUGGACUGCAGGAACCAGGAGGAAAAGCUGCUCCAGGACCUCAUGACCAACUACAACCGGAACCUGCGCCCAGCCCUGCACGGGGACCAGAUCAUCGAUGUCACCCUCAAGCUCACCCUCACCAACCUCAUCUCCCUGAACGAGCGGGAGGAGACCCUCACCACCAACGUCUGGAUCGAGAUGCAAUGGUCCGAUUAUCGCCUGCGGUGGGACCCCCAGAAAUACGACAACAUCCAGCAGCUGCGGGUGCCCUCCACCAUGGUCUGGCUGCCUGACAUUGUCCUGGAGAACAACAUCGAUGGGACCUUCGAAAUCACACUCUACAGCAACGUGCUGGUGUCCCCCGACGAGCCCCCCGACGGCUGCAUUUACUGGCUGCCCCCUGCCAUCUACCGCAGCGCCUGCGUCAUCCAUGUCACCUAUUUCCCCUUCGACUGGCAGAACUGCACCAUGGUCUUCCAGUCCCAGACAUACAGUGCCAACGAAAUCAACCUGCUGCUGACAGUGGAGGAAGGCCAGACCGUGGAGUGGAUCUUCAUCGACCCCGAGGCUUUCACAGAGAACGGUGAAUGGGCCAUCAAGCACCGCCCCGCUCGGAAGAUCAUCAAUUCAGACCACUUCACCCCCGAUGACAUCCAGUACCAGCAGGUUGUCUUCUACCUCAUCAUCCAGCGCAAGCCGCUCUUCUACAUCAUCAAUAUCAUUGUGCCCUGUGUCCUCAUCUCUGCCAUGGCCGUGCUGGUGUACUUUCUGCCCGCCAAAGCGGGUGGGCAGAAAUGCACCGUCUCCAUCAAUGUCCUCCUGGCCCAGACUGUCUUCCUCUUCCUCAUUGCCCAGAAGGUGCCCGAGACCUCCCAGGCUGUGCCUCUCAUUGGCAAGUACCUGACCUUUCUCAUGGUGGUAACAGUGGUGAUUGUGGUGAAUGCUGUCAUCGUCCUCAACGUCUCACUGAGAACACCUAACACUCACUCAAUGUCCCAGAGAGUGCGCCAGGUGUUCCUACACCUCCUGCCCCGCUACCUGGGCAUGCACAUGCCAGAGGAGACGCCAGGCCCACCACGAGCCGCCCGGAGACGCAGCUCCCUGGGGCUCAUGGUGAAAGCUGAUGAGUACAUGCUCUGGAAAGCCCGGACCGAGCUGCUCUUUGAAAAGCAGAAGGAGAGGGAUGGGCUGAUGAAAACUGUGCUGGAGAAGAUUGGACGUGGCCUGGAGAACGGCAGUGCUCAGGACUUCUGCCAGAGCCUGGAGGAGGCAGGCCCCGAGAUCCGUGCCUGCGUGGAUGCUUGUAACCACAUUGCCAACACCACGCGGGAGCAAAACGACUUCAGCAGUGAAAGCGAAGAGUGGAUCCUGGUGGGACGGGUGAUCGACCGUGUCUGCUUCUUGAUCAUGGCCUCCCUCUUCGUGUGCGGCACCGUCGGCAUCUUCCUCAUGGCUCAUUUCAACCAGGCGCCUGCCUUGCCCUUCCCUGGGGACCCCAAGCAGUACCUGCCACAGUGA